UUCUCUGGUAAAGACGCAGGAGCGCAGCUGGCUCGCCUUCACACCCGCAGCACUCAUCUGAGCCCGGACACGCAGCCUGCAGCUCCGCGGCGGCGCAGCCGUGCUGGACUGGACAAUGCAGCGCAGUAAAUCACCCUGCUGUGGGCAGUCCUGACCGGACACUGGGCUUACACACUCAGCAUUAACAGGACUAUCUGGCUCGGGAUUCUGUGUCCUCUGUAAAACUUUCAGGAAGUUAGUCUGAUGAACCUAGAGAAUCCUGCCGCUUUCCACAGGAGCAGGAGGCAGCUGGACAUGGAGCAGAAGGUCAGCAAGCUCACUUUCGGCUUUCAGAGAAGCUCUACCUCAGAUGAUGACUCCGGCUGUGCCUUGGAGGAAUAUGCCUGGGUCCCACCUGGACUACGACCCGAGCAGGUUCAGCUGUAUUUCUCCUGUCUGCCAGAAGAUAAGGUUCCCUAUGUUAACAGCCCAGGAGAGAAACACCGAAUCAAACAGCUCUUGUAUCAACUGCCUCCACAUGAUAAUGAGGUGCGAUACUGCCAGUCCCUCAGUGAAGAAGAAAAGAAGGAGCUCCAUAUGUUCAGCGUGCAGAGAAAAAAGGAGGCGCUAGGGCGUGGAACCCUAAAAUUGCUGCCUAGGACUAUGCUUCACGUUAUCUGUGAACAUUGUGGGGAGAACAUCAAUGGAGGAGAGAUGGCAGUAUUUGCUUCCAGAGCAGGGCCUGGACUAUGUUGGCAUCCAGCAUGCUUUACAUGCUCAACAUGUAGUGAACUUCUUGUGGAUCUAAUCUACUUCUACCAUGAGGGGAAGAUUCACUGUGGGAGACAUCAUGCUGAACUGUUAAAGCCUCGCUGUUCAGCAUGUGACGAGAUUAUCUUUGCUGAUGAGUGCACAGAGGCUGAGGGUCGUCACUGGCACAUGAAGCACUUUUCCUGCUUUGAAUGCGAAACCAUUUUGGGUGGUCAGCGAUACAUCAUGAAAGAUGGUCGGCCAUACUGUUGUGGGUGCUUUGAGUCUCUUUAUGCAGAAUACUGUGAGGCCUGUGGAGAACACAUCGGUGUUGACCAUGCUCAGAUGACAUAUGAUGGUCUCCACUGGCAUGCUACGGAUGAGUGCUUCAGCUGUGCCCAGUGCAAGAGCUCUUUGAUUGGCUGCCCAUUCCUGCCCAGACAAGGCCACAUCUAUUGUUCCAAAGCUUGUAGUCUGGGGGAGGAUGUCCAUGCCUCAGACUCCUCAGAUUCGGCCUUUCAGUCUGCCAGGUCUCGUGAGUCCCGCCGCAGUGUAAGAAUGGGCAAGAGCAGUCGUUCUGCAGACCAGUGUCGCCAGUCUCUGCUCUUCUCUCCUGCUGGAAACUACAAGUUUCCUGGUUUCUCAGGCAAUGCUGACGAUACUUUAUCAAACAAGCUGUCCCAUUUGAGCUUUGCAAACGACCAUUUCUGGAGGAACAGGGAUGAGCAGGAAGCACCUGACGACCAUGAAGAAUGGGCCGAGCAUGAAGACUACAUGACCCAGCUACUUCUUAAGUUUGGAGAGCAUGGAAUCGUCCAGCAGUCUGAUGACAGCAGACCAACUGACCUUUGGAUGACUGACUCUGAGGUCAAAAAUAAGGCGGAGUCAAAGAUGUCAGGCAGUGGUGGCAGUGGGAGUCUAGCCAGUAAAAAGUACAAGGCAGAUAUGUACUGGACCCAGUCUCAAGAUGGACUGGGAGAUUCUGCCUACGGUAGUCAUCCUGGGCCUGCAAGCAGUCGGAAAAUCCAGGAGUUGGAUCUGGAACAUGGUGCCAACUUUAAGCGAGAGGACAAACAAUGGUAUGAUGACUCAUUGGAGUGCAUCACGGAUGAGCUGAAGCAAGCAGAGCAGAGCGUCCGAGACUCCAUGGACUCUCUAGCACUCUCAAAUAUCACAGGUGCAUCAGUUGAUGGAGACUUCAAAGAGAAGCCGUUACCUUAUUCAUUACAAAACUUCACAGUUAUGGAGAACGAGGAUUGUGAGAAAACGAGCAACAUGGGAACUCUGAAUUCUUCAAUGCUGCACAGGAGUGCCAACUCCCUCAAGAGCCUUACCUCAGAGUUGGAGCAAGUAGAAGUAGUAGAAGAGGAAGAACCUGAGGAGGUCAUCCCUCUCCCACAGGAAAGACCCAAAAUGCCUCACUUACCUGUUCUUCGGAGGACCAGAUCUCAGUCAAGGCCCCAGCAAGUCAAGUUCUCAGAUGACGUAGUGGACAAUGGACGCUAUGAUGAUGUGGAGGUGCGACAGCCUCCAAUGAGUGAACGCACUCGCAGAAGAGUGUAUCAUUUUGAUGAACAGGACCGGCGACAGCAUCGGCAUCAUCACAAUCACAGGCGGAGACGGAGCCGGAAGUCUCGCUCGGACAACGCGCUGCACAUAGUACCCAAAGAGAGAGCUCGUAUGUGCUUCAGAGAGGGGCAUCACCAACAUGCUCCUAUCCCUACUGCACAGUAUGGACAGCACUCACAUGCGCAUGCAAACUCUGAUUAUGGGCUUGCAAAACCAGGCGCAGAAAAAUUCUUUCGUCUUUAUGGAGACGAUGACGACUGGUGCUCUACAUGCUCCUCUUCCUCCUCUGAAUCUGAGGAGGAGGGCUUUUUCCUUGGUCAGCCAAUUCCACAGCCCAGACAACCUAGGUAUCAGUAUUACACUGAUGAACUUCCCAAUCAAAUGCCCUCACCUUUCGGCACAAGGACAAAUUCCAAAAAGAAGAAAGGACAUAAAGGCAAAAACUGCAUCAUUUCAUAGACUCCACUGAAAACAGUUGUCAUGCAAUGCAGUAGAUAGUUCCUCGAUUUUAAAUGCCUUUAUUCAAAGGCCAGUAUUGACACAUUCACAUUUCUGCAGUAUUUUUCACCUGAUGAACAAGACUGACUGUUUGAGAAGAGAUGCAAUAUUACAUUAAGUAAGCAAAAAUUCACCUCUGCAGCAACUGCCAUGUAUAUUAAAUAAUACAUCACUUAUGGUCAUGGACAGAAUAAAAGAAUAUAAUAUUUAUAAAGCACCAUAUAUAAAUGAGUGAAUAUUUAACAGUCCAAAUA